AUGACGACUCAAGCUGUUGUUAAUGGCGGAGCAAGGAGCCACUCAAUCGCUCAGAUUUUGCAUCACUGUACUCGAAAUAAGAAUCUAAGAGGUGUUAAGGCGAUUCAUGGUCACCUGCUAAUAACAGGGCUAUUCUAUUUCACUCCUACUCUGCAGACGAAGAUUGUAUUAGCGUACGCCACGUGCCUUCCUCAGACAAGCAACCUCCUAGUCCGGACCUUAACGAAUUCUUUGAAAUGCCUCAAUCCCAGAAACCCUUUACUCUUCAAUUCGAUCAUCUCUGGUUUUUGUGAAGGUGGGUUUCAUUCACUUGCUUUACACACCUUUUCUUUUAUGCAUUUAAAUGGCGUUUACAUAGAUUCAUACGCGCUGUGUAGUUCCUUAACGUCUGCGUCCUGCGUCCCAAGCCUUAAGUUUGGGCAAAAAGCUCACGCCUUUACAGUAAAAUCCGGUUGGUUUUCCAGUGUGUAUGUCGGUUGUGCUAUGAUCGAUUUAUACGCGAAAUUGCAGUGUAUCAAUGAUGCAGCACAAUUGUUCGAUGAAAUUCCUGUGAAAAACAGUGUGUGCGCUAAUGCACUAAUAUCAGGCUACACUGAAGCUAAGAUGUGGGCUGAAGCGCUUGCAUUAGCUAGAAAGAUGCCGUCUUUAAAUUUGGAGUUGGAUAAUUUUACUUUUUCAGCAGUUUUACGUGCCUGUGCUGGGCUCUCUGCGGUUGAAUUGGGAAUGCAGGUCCAUGGUUGUGCUAUUCGUAAAAUUCAUGAUAUGGAAAGAGAUGUGUUUCUGCAAAGUCUGUUAAUUGAAUUGUACGGCAAAUGUGGACUUGUAGAGAAGGCAUUGCAAGUAUUCAACAUGGCAGGGUUUCCACAGAGAAGGGUGAGAAAUAGAGAUCUUGUUCUUUGGACUUCAAUGCUUGGGGCGCUUGGAAAGAAUGGGAAUUAUGAAGAAGUGAUUAGAUUGUUCAGAGAAAUGGUAGCUGAGGGAAUCAAACCGGAUGGUGUGGCGUUUUUGACUGUUAUCUCAGCUUGCAGUCACACUGGCCAAGUAAAUCUUGGGAUGGAGUAUUUUGAAUCAAUGGCUUGCGAUUAUGGCUUGGAACAUAGUCCCGAGCACUACAGCUGUCUGAUUGAUUUGCUUUGUCGAGCAGGGGAGUUAAACAAGGCAUGGAAAAUGGUAGAAGAGGCAUCCACCAAAGGGAAUAGCAACUUCACUGUGUCCAUGUGGGGGGCCUUGCUUAAUGCCUGCAAUGAUUGUGGCAAUGUUGAACUGGGUAAAUUUGCAGCUCAAAGAGCCAUUGAAUUGGAUCCUAAUAAUGAUGGGAUAUAUGUUCUACUAUCCAACUUAUAUGCCAGAAACUGUAUGUGGAAUGAGAUUGAGCAACUGAGGGAAUUUAUACGAGGAAAAGGCCUAAAGAAAGACAUUGGUUCUAGUUGGAUAGAUAUUGUGAAUUGAAUUAGAACAGUUCUUUGGCAUUUUGACAGAUUCACAAAUCAGAAGCUGGUGCUCUGCUACUAUAACUUUUUUCUUAUAUUCCAUGUACAUCUAAGUAGUCUAAACUCGUUACAAAGGUUAGACUCAAAUUAAAGCAGCGCAAGGGGAGAAUGAUGUGCCUUCCUUAUCUCAGUUUACUAUGGUGCCAUGAAAUUAAUAAGAAGUUGCUUUGGUUUUCAAGAGAGAUAACUCAAUAGACAUUCAACAGCUGAUCAUGCUAAGAUAUGUCAACUGGCAAACGCCUUUUAGCACAUUAUCGAAUGCUCAAAGAUCAUAAAUUUGAUCAUCUGCUGUACCUCCAUUUAGCAAGUUUCAACCUUGGAAGUCAUUGGCAAAGAAGCGUGAUAACUUGGCAUCACGGUACCAUUCCAAAGUCUCAGAGCUUGCCUAAUUAUAUGAAAAGGUUACAUUUUUCAGUAUUUUCCAGAUGACUCACUACUUAUUUUCCUUUAUUAACAUAACCUGUUUAUUCUUAAAGCGUUUCACCGCAUUGUAUGUUAAAUAACUGGUUUGUUCACAGCUUGAAAUUAGUCUUUAAUAACUUGUUUAUGAAAAGUUUACAUCUUGGCUUGUUAAGAAGUGUAGCUAAAGUUAUUCCUGUUUUCUCAUUGCUUAAUAUUUCCCUGAAGUGUGAAAUAUCUUUCAGUACUCUUUGGAAUCAAUAGGUAUCAGCCUUGUA